CUCGGGUCUUGUCCGAUCACGAAACUGCGCCUCCGUCUAAACAAUACACCUUCGUGUCCGAUUCUCUGACGAAACUCGCUCCUCCGCCGCAUCUCGGAUUCUCCGAUCGCUCCGAUUCCGCCUACUCUGCGGCCAGAUCCAAUUUCCAGUGACCGAAUAAUUCCGUGAAUAACCCUCUGAAUUCGCCAAUUUCGAAGAUGGACUUGAAGAGUACAAUUGUAGUAUUAGGGCUCCUGUGGGGAUUCCAGGUUACGUUGGGGAUAAGAUUCGUGAUAGACAGAGAAGAGUGCUUCUCUCAUAAAGCCGAAUACGAAGGCGAUACGCUUCACGCCUCGUUCGUUGUCAUCAAGUCCGAUGCCCAGUGGCAUUACAACGAGGAUGGUGUAGAUCUUGUGAUUCAUGGCCCGACAGGUGAACAAGUGCACGACUUCCGGGACCAGACUAGUGGCAAGCACGAGUUUGUUGUCCAAAGGAAAGGGGUAUACAAAUUCUGCUUCACGAACAAGUCUCCUUACCACGAAACUAUCGACUUUGAUGUUCAACUCGCUCACUUUGCAUACUACGAUCAGCAUGCAAAAGACGAGCAUUUUACACCAUUGAUGGAGCAGAUCUCCAAGUUGGAGGAAGCCCUUUACAACAUCCAAUUUGAACAACACUGGUUGGAGGCUCAGACCGACCGACAGGCUAUCGUGAACGAGAACAUGAGCAAAAGGGCAAUUCACAAGGCAAUGUUCGAGUCAGCUGCAUUGAUCGGAGCCAGUGUCCUUCAGGUUUACCUUCUCCGCCGCUUGUUCGAACGCAAACUCGGCAUGUCUCGUGUUUAAGUUAAAUCUGAGUUUUUUUCCCCGCUUUUUUAGACCAAUAAUUUUAAUUUAUCUGAACCAUGAUAAAAGAAAUUGUAAGUGACAUCAAAGAUCUUUCAUUACAGACACAAAGUUGGUUCCUUGGUGGAUGGAUGUGCUUUUUUGUUCCAUGUCACAGACCUGGUUAUGUAGCUCUGCUUGCCGCUUGGCUAUGUGUUUAUCCUAUCCAUUCAGACAA